ACCUUCUCUGUUAACAGCUGCUCUCUCCCUCUCUCUCACACACACACAGCCUGACCCUCUCACUCACUCAUACACCUCUCACAGACACAGUCGUGCUUCCCUACCCAGGAGUAUCAGCCUAACCCGGACCCAACGAGGUAGAACCCCAACACGACUACAACAUGUCGGAUAAUAGCUCUAAGAUCGACACAGACGUGUGGACCCUAACUCGGUUUGUGAUGGAGACGGGGCGCCAGGUCAAGGGGUCAACAGGAGAGCUGACCCAGCUGAUUAACAGUCUGCUGACAUCCAUCAAAGCCAUCUCCUGCGCCGUGCGUAAGGCCGGACUCGCACACCUCCAGGGCAUUGCAGGGACAGUGAACACGACGGGUGAUGACCAGAAGAAGCUGGACAUCCUCUCUAAUGACCUGGUCAUUAAUAUGCUGAGGUCUUCAUACGGAACCUGCUGCAUGGUGUCAGAGGAGAACGAACAUGCCAUCAUCACACCCAAGGAAAAGAGGGGUAAAUACGUGGUGUGUUUUGAUCCUUUGGAUGGCUCCUCUAACAUCGACUGCUUAGCUUCCAUCGGCACCAUCUUCGCAAUCUACAAAAGGAUUGACGAGACAUCAACUAACGACGCCACAGAGAAGGAUGCGCUGCAGCCUGGCAGCAAGAUUGUUGCCGCGGGAUACGCACUCUAUGGUAGUGCCACCUUGGUUGCCCUCUCCACCGGACAGGGCCUCAACUUCUUUAUGCUGGACCCUGCAAUUGGAGAGUUUAUCCUGACAGAGAAAAAUGUGAAGAUCAAGCCCAAAGGAAAGAUCUACAGUCUGAACGAGGGAUACGCCAAAUACAUGCACCCAUCCAUCAACGCGUACCUGAAGCACAAGAAAUACCCAGAGGACGGGAGCGCCCCCUAUGGAGCAAGGUAUGUGGGCUCUAUGGUGGCAGACGUCCAUCGCACCAUCGCAUAUGGAGGAAUCUUCAUGUACCCCGCCAAUGAAAAGAGCCCUAAGGGAAAGCUGCGUUUGCUGUACGAGUGCAACCCCAUCGCCUUCCUGAUCGAGCAGUGUGGAGGCGUGGCGACUACGGGAGAAGGGCGUGUCCUAGACGUGGUUCCAACCAACAUCCACCAGAGAGUUCCGUUUAUUGUGGGUUCACCUGAUGACGUCAACGAGUACCUCGACUUUGUCAAGAAGCACAAGUAGAACGACAACAAAACUUGAAUAAAAGUUAAAUACCAACAAGAAAAA